AUGUCGAUAUCAUGCAUCAUCACCACCGCCGACCUCGCGCCGCUGGACACCGAAGGCUUCCACGCCGUGAUCUUCCACGCGCCGGAACAACUCUCGCAGAUGUCGGAGUGGUGCGUCAAGACGCACGGCGAGUCCGGGCUCACGCAGGAGUGCCUCGCGUCGUCGACCAGCGCCGCAGACGCCGCCCGCCAGCUCCUCGCGUACAUCAAACACUAUAUCCCCGAGCCUGGCCGCGCGCUGCUGGCCGGGAACAGCAUCCACGCCGACCGCGCCUUCUUGGCCGUGCCCCCCUGGAACGCCAUCCUGGAGUACCUCCAUUACCGGCUGUUCGACGUCUCCGCCAUGAAGGAGAUGGUGCGGCGCUGGGCGAGUGACGCCGUGUUGAUGGCCGCGCCGCGGAAGGAAUUGAGACACACGGCCAGAGCUGAUGUGUUGGAGAGCAUCCAGGAGGCGCAGUAUUACAAGAGCUUGAUUGAGAGUAUUGGCCUGGGCAUGUCCGUCUCAGCGCCGUCGAUGCCGGUUCAGCCACAGCAACUUCCCAUGCCCGCCCCAGGCACAAAGCAGGGCCAAGAGGCUCUCGACAUGCUUCGUAACAGCGGCACGGUCAUAGGGGACGUCGGGGAUCUCGACCCGGGCUUCAGGACCGAUAUACCAUGA